AUGCCAAGGAACACGGAGAACUGUCUUCAAAGGUCUUCAGGUCACCGCCAACAUCACUCCCGCACCUCCAGAGGUGAGCUGAUCUUUGCAGUGAGCCUGGUGGAACAGCAUCUGAGGGAGGUUAGCCGUGCCCGGAGGCUCAGUGAUAUGGUGCCCGUCUCCCUGGUAGCCAUCCUGGAGUUCCUCACCAGCAGGUUGCUGGAGCUUGCGGGCAAUGAGGCCCAACGCAGAGGUACCCAGAGGCUCAUCACUCCUCAACCGCUGGACUUGGAGGUCUACAGCAGUAUGGAGCUAAGUGAUGUGUUCCAAUUCAUCACCAUCUCCCAGGUGGCCCCGGCUCAUCGCUAG